GGUAACACAUUCCAUGCAUCCGAUCUCUCUCUUCUUUCUCUCUCAAGAGUACAGUCAGAUACAAUCUCUGAUGGGAAGUCGGUUCUGUCCUUAUAUAAUCCCAUUAAAUGUUUUUCUCUCUCACCAGUUCUCAUCUUUCUCUCUCUAGUUUCACAAUCUCUCUUCUUCACUAAGUCUUUGAUAGAAACAGAGAGGAGGAGCAAAAGGCUUCUAAGCCAUGUCUCUACAAUACUAUGCUCUCAACUCCAUUCAAAGUAACAACUUGUUCGGUACUAAAACAACACUUUCUCCUUCUUCUAGUUCUUCUCUCUCUUCUUAUGUCCUUAAGAUCUCAGGAUCACCGCUAAGUUUGGGGAGCGACAAACCCAGAAGCUGCUCCAUAUAUUGUACAAAACUUCGAACUCAAGAAUACCCUAAAUCUCAGGAAAUUCAACAUGAGAUACCUCUAAUACAGUGGCAACAGCUUCAAGGAGAUGAUGCUCCUCAGAUUAGUGUUGGAAGUUAUGAUAUUGCAAUCGAAGAAGCAGUGAAAAGAGUGAAGUCCAUUUUGAGAAAUUUAAGUGACGGUGAAAUUACGAUAUCGGCUUAUGACACAGCUUGGGUUGCUUUGAUCGACGCCGGAGAUGAAACUCCGGCGUUUCCCUCCGCCGUGAAAUGGAUCGCCAACAAUCAACUCUCCGAUAGUUCAUGGGGUGAUGCCCACCUCUUCUCUUAUCAUGACCGUCUCAUCAACACACUUGCCUGCGUCGUUGCUCUAACAUCAUGGAAUCUCUUUCCUCAUCAAUGCCACAAAGGAAUCAUGUUUUUUAGAGAAAAUAUCGGAAAGCUAGAAGAAGAAGACGAUGAGCAUAUGCCAAUUGGAUUCGAAGUAGCCUUUCCUUCAUUACUUGAGAUAGCUCGAGGAAUAAACAUAGAUGUACCGUACGAUUCUCCGGUCUUGAAGGAUAUAUACGCCAAGAAGGAGCUAAAGCUAACAAGGAUACCCAAAGAGAUAAUGCACAAGAUACCAACAACAUUGUUGCAUAGUUUGGAGGGCAUGCGUGAUUUAGACUGGGAAAAACUAUUGAAACUUCAAUGUCAAGAUGGAUCUUUCCUCUUCUCUCCUUCCUCGACCGCUUUCGCAUUCAUGCAGACCCGAGACAGUAAGUGUCUUGGGUAUUUGCGCAAUGCCGUCAAACGUUUCAAUGGAGGAGUUCCCAAUGUAUUUCCUGUGGAUCUUUUCGAGCAUAUAUGGAUCGUGGAUCGGCUACAACGGUUAGGGAUAUCGAGAUACUUCGAAGAAGAGAUUAAACAGUGUCUUGACUAUGUUCACAGAUAUUGGACAGACAAAGGCAUAUGUUGGGCUAGAUGUUCUCAUGUACAAGAUAUCGACGACACAGCCAUGGCAUUUAGGCUCUUAAGACUUAAUGGAUACAAAGUUUCCGCAGAUGUGUUCAAGGUCUUUGAGAAAGAAGGAGAGUUUUUCUGCUUCGCGGGCCAAUCAAACCAGGCGGUGACUGGUAUGUUCAAUCUAUACCGGGCAUCGCAAUUAGCGUUUCCAAGGGAAGAGAUAUUGAAAAACGCCCAAGAAUUUUCGUCCAAGUAUCUACAACAUAAACAAGAGAAAGGGGAGUUGCUUGAUAAGUGGAUUAUAAUGAAAGACUUACCUGGCGAGAUUGGGUUCGCGUUGGAGAUUCCAUGGUAUGCAAGCUUGCCUCGAGUUGAGACCAGAUUCUAUAUUGAGCAGUAUGGUGGAGAAAACGACGUUUGGAUUGGCAAGACCCUUUAUAGGAUGCCAUAUGUGAACAAUAAUGAAUAUCUGGAAUUAGCAAAACAAGACUACAACAACUGCCAAGCUCUGCAUCAACUCGAAUGGGACACUUUCCAAAAGUGGUAUGAAGAAAAUUGGUUAAGUGAGUGGGGUGUGAGUAGAGGCGAGCUUCUAGAGUGCUAUUACCUAGCGGCUGCGACUAUCUUUGAGGCAGAGAGGUCACAUGAGAGAAUGGUUUGGGCUAAAUCAAGUGUAUUGGUUAAAGCCAUUUUUUCCUCUUUCGGUGAAUCCUAUGACUCAAGAAGGAGCUUCUUCGAUCAAUUUCGUAACUAUAUUGCCAAUGCUCGACAAAGUGAUCAUCACUUCAAUAACAGGAGUAUAAGAUUGGACCGACCAAGGUCGGUUCAGGCGAGUGGGCUUGUCGGAAUCUUAAUCAGAACUUUGAAUCAGAUAUCGUUUGAUCAUUACAUGUCUCAUGGUCGUGACGUUAUCAGUCUUCUCUAUCAAUCGUGGGGAGGUUGGCUGGAGAAAUGGAAAUUAGACGGAAAUGAAGGACAUGGAGAGCUCCUGGUGAAGAUGAUAAUUCUAAUGAAGAACAAUGAUCUAACUAACUUCUUCACUCAUCCUCGCUUUGUUCGUCUCUCAGAAAUCAUCAACCGAAUCAAUCUUAUUGCCCAAUACCUAAAGACAAUGAGAAACGAUAAGAAAGAGAAGACAAUAAAGAGAAUGGAGAAUGAGAUGGAGCAAAUGGUUGAGUUAGUAUUGUUGGAGGUUGACACAUUCCGUGAUGUCAGCAUCACGUUUCUCGAUGUUGCUAAAGCUUUUUACUAUUCUGCUUCAUGUGGUGAUCAUCUCCAAACUCACAUAGACAAAAUCUUGUUUCAAAAAGUUUUAUAACCUUAUCAAUAUCGAUCCAUGCCGGCGGUAUUUUAAUUAUGUAAUCAAUGGAUAGUCGAUUCAUGAAUCUCUUGAUUCUUGUAUAUAUGGAUAUGUGGAGAAGGAGAAUAAUUUUUUUUUAAAAUUAAACCAUGUACAAGUCAAACCUUGGGAGUAGUUAUUAGCCUCCAUUUUCUAUAGAUAUGAAUGCUCCG